AUGAUGAAAAAGGAAGUUGAGAACCAAUUGAGCAACACUUGGGAUGGCUAUGUGGAUUGGAGGGGAAGAGCUGCUCUAAGGGCCAAACAUGGUGGCAUGUUUGCUGCCUCUUUUGUUCUUGUUGUGGAGAUUCUGGAGAAUCUGGCAUACUUGGCGAAUGCAAGCAACCUUGUGUUGUACUUUUCGGAGUACAUGCAUUUCACGCCGUCGGAGUCUGCAAAUUCCGUGACAAAUUUCAUGGGGACAGCGUUUUUACUGGCGCUUUUGGGUGGUUUCUUGUCGGAUGCCUUUUUCACCACCUAUCAAAUUUACCUCGCCAGCGCUGUCAUUGAGUUCCUGGGCCUCGUCAUACUCGCAGUGCAAGCACACUCGAGUUCGCUAAAGCCCCCGAGAUGCAGCCCCACCGGCCAGUGUGAGAAGGUGCACGGCCCGAAAGCUGCAAUGUUGUUCUUGGACGAGAGCACCCCGCUCGGGCGGAAGCAGAGGUCGACCUUCUUCAACUACUUUGUGUUCUCCCUCUCGGUUGGGGCCCUCAUUGCCGUGACCCUAGUCGUGUGGAUCGAGGAUAAUAAAGGAUGGGAGUGGGGUUUCGGGAUCUCGACUCUGGCGAUACUUUUGUCGAUUCCUGUUUUUCUUGCCGGAUCCGCUUUUUACAGAAACAAGCUUCCGCUCGGAAGCCCACUCACGACGAUAUGCAAGGUCCUCUUAGCCUCGCUGCUAAACACGUGCAUGCCGCGAAGCAUACCGGGAAGCACGAGCAACGCCAUCGCCAACAUGUCCGCCAGCCCAUACCCUCUGGUCCCUGCCGACCAAAUCCAUUCCGACAAGCUUGAAGAAAACGCGCAAACACCGUCCCAGAGUCUCCGUUUCCUCAACCGUGCCGUGACCAACAAGCCAGCUCUCCCGAUCCUCAAGUGCUCGGUCAAGGACCUUGAGGAGGUCAAAAUCGUCUUCAAAAUCCUCCCGAUCUUCGCGUGCACCGUCAUCCUCAACACGUGCCUCGCCCAGCUUUCGACUUUCUCCGUCCAACAAGCCGCCACCAUGGACACGAGGCUCGGUUCCAUGAAAGUCCCGCCCGCGUCACUCCCUGUUUUCCCCGUCGUCUUCAUCAUGAUCCUCGCCCCACUAUAUGACCAUGUCAUAAUCCCGUUCGCCCGAAGGGCCACCAAGUCUGAAACGGGGGUGACCCACCUUCGGAGAAUCGGGAUUGGGCUAUUCCUCUCUAUAGUUGCGAUGGCCGUUGCCGCACUGGUCGAGGCCAAGAGGAAACGGGUUGCGGGCCGGGCCGGGACUGGGACCGGGCCGUUACCGAUCACGUUCUUUUGGAUCGCGCUCCAAUACCUGUUUUUGGGGUCGGCGGACCUUUUCACCUUAGCGGGCCUGCUCGAGUUUUUCUUCACGGAGGCCCCUUUCGGAAUGAGGUCGUUGGCAACGUCGCUUUCGUUUGCGAGCUUGGCGGUCGGGUAUUACAUGAGCACGGUGAUUGUGUCGGUCGUGAAUAGGGUGACCGGCGGGUCGGGGCACGGGGCGUGGCUGUCGGGGGCGAACUUGAACGAGUACCAAUUGGAGAGAUUCUAUUGGCUGAUGUGCGUGCUUAGCGGGCUCAACUUCUUGAACUAUCUGUUUUGGGCCUCGAAGUAUAAGUAUCGAGGGAUGGGGUCGAGCGAAUAG